AUGUGGUAUUUCGUGGCAUGCUGUAUAGUGCUACUGUUGCUAUGGCUACAUUUGGACAAUUUGAAACCAAUAAAUUUCCCGCCCGGUCCAAAAUGGUACCCCAUCGUGGGGAGCGCAUUUGCCAUCAUGAAAGCGCGCAACAAAACCGGCAUGCUCUGUAAGGCUGUGGAGCACAUUGCGGGUGACUAUCCGGACCAUCGUGGUGUGAUUGGCUUUAAAAUAGGCAAAGAUAAAGCCGUGAUGGCGGUCACCGCCGAAUCGCUGAAGGAAAUGAUGAACAACGAGGACUUUGACGGUCGGCCGACGGGUUUGUUCUACGAAACGCGCACGUGGGGACUUCGGCGUGGCGUUCUGCUCACAGACGAGCAGUUCUGGCAGGAACAGCGGCGUUUCAUCGUGCGCCAUCUGAAGGAGUUUGGAUUCGCGCGCAAGGGCAUGACGGAAAUCAUCCAGAACGAAGCGGCCCAGAUACGGAAGGACUUCGAGGAGCUGAUUGGGCAAGGAAACGGAACAGCGAUCGUACAGAUGCAGGGCGCCUUCUCCGUGUACGUUCUGAACACGCUCUGGCUGAUGAUGGCCGGGAUACGGUACAGCAAGGAUAACAGUGACCUGAAGUAUCUGCAAUCGCUGCUGCACGAGCUGUUCACCAACAUCGACAUGAUGGGCGCUCUGUUCAGCCAUUUUCCGUACCUCAGAUUCGUCGCACCCAGAAUCUCGGGCUACCAGCAGUUUGUGGAGAUUCACGAGUGCAUGCACAAGUUUAUUGGCGCCGAAGUGGAGCGCCAUCAGCAGAAUUUCGAUCCCAACGAUGAACCGCGCGAUUUAAUGGACGUGUAUCUGCGGACGCUUCACAACAACAACGCACCUUCGGACAGCUUUUCCCGCGAGCAGCUGCUGGCUGUUUGUCUGGACAUGUUCAUUGCUGGCUCUGAAACGACGACGAAGACGCUCGAUUUCUCCUUUCUGUACAUUGUGCGUAACCCGCAUGUGAUGCGUCGCAUUCAGGAAGAAAUCGAUGAAGUCGUUGGCCACAAUCGUCUGCCGGCAUUGGAGGAUCGUGCAAACAUGCCGUACUCUGAAGCAACGACUCUAGAAGGGCUAAGAUUGUUCAUGUCGAAUACUUUUGGUAUUCCACAUCGAGCACUCAAGGAUACUAAACUAUGCGGAUACGAUAUCCCCAAGGACACUAUGCUCGUUGGCAUGUUCCGCGGUAUGAUGCUGGACGAGAACCUGUGGGAAAAUCCGACUCAUUUCGAUCCGGAACGAUUCCUGAAAGACGGCAAAAUACACAUUCCCGUGCAAUACCACCCGUUUGGUGUAGGAAAGCACCGAUGCAUGGGGGAACUGAUGGCCAAAAGCAAUCUCUUCCUGUUUCUCACAACCACGCUGCAGUCGUUCAACCUUCAGUUACCGGAGGGAGCUUCCAUUCCAUCGGACAUCCCGGUCGACGGAGCGACUCCCAGCGUCCGCAAAUAUCACGUCACUGUCUCUCCGCGUUAG